AUGAAGUCAGACCUGGUGAAGGAAGUGGCCUACACCAGGAGGAAGCAGCACCAGUCGUCGCUGCAGUAUUACUGUGCCCUGAACGCUCUGCAGUACAGGAAGAGAGUGGCCAUGUUGGAACCAAUGCUGGGAUACACACAGGCCCAGAUCAACUUCUACAAGAAAGGAAUUGAACUGGUUUCAAAGAAGAUGGACAACUUCCUCACCUCAGUCUCCAAAAUGACGCAAAGUAUUCAGAAGCAGCUGGACAGUGAGGCCGAGGCCAUGCGAGGCUCUCAGAGGGAGCUCCUCUCUGUGGACGACAGCAUCUACACUCCAGACCACGACCAGCAGUCUGUGAACCGCACCCUCAUCUCCAAGGCCGGAUACCUCAACAUCAGGAAGCGGUGUUUUGCUGCCGUGGCUCAGAAUGAACUCCUAAACAAAAGCCUGCAGCGUCGACAAGGUGACUCCUGUGUCAGCUCGUUCACUCCCAAACUUCUGCUUCUGCUUAAUGGCUUUGGGGGAGAACAAGCGCAGCAUCGCCCCCUGAUGUGA